AUGGCUAGAAUAUCGACAUCUUCGAGUAAUAGAAAUUUACCGUCCUCUAAUGCCUUGAGACGACAAAGAGAAAGAGAAGAGCAAAUCCGAAGAGGGAGAGUUGGCCAAAGCUCUGCCAACCAUUCAAGACAAUCGUCAGUUAAUAGACAACGAGAAACAGGAAUAUAUCAAAACCAGCCGGGGGAUCCUCCUACCGCAAAAGCUACCAGUACAAAGAGAAAGAGAAGAUACAAACCCGGUACAAAUGCUAUACGGGAAAUUCGUCAAUUCCAGAAAUCUACUGAUUUUUUAAUCAGUAAACUACCAUUUUCAAGGUUGGUCAGAGAAAUAGCUGAAAACUACAUAGGGGCCUCCUACGGUAUACGGUGGCAGUCAAAUGCGGUAUUGGCGUUACAAGAGGCGUCAGAAGCCUAUUUGGUUCAUUUGUUGGAAGAUACAAAUCUCUGUGCUAUACAUGCGAAGAGAGUUACGAUCAUGCAAAGAGAUAUCCAAUUGGCCAGACGAAUAAGAGGACAUAUAUGA